AUGGCCUCUAGAAUUGAAAAUCAUAACCAUUCUCUUUUAUACUUGGAAAACUUGACACUCCCAACGUUUCAAGUUGUGGUGAUAGCCGCAAAUAUGGGGUGUAAUGGUUGUCAAGAAAGAGUUUCGAGAGUUGUAUCAAAAAUGACUGGGUUGACAGAGUACACAAUAGAUGUGCGCAAGCAUGAAGUAACUGUUAAGGGAGAUUUCAUGGUGCGUUGCGACUUCCAGGUUAAACCCUUUAGAAACAGGACCCUGAAGAGUGCAACCGAUCAACCCAAGUCAUUGUUUGCCUGUUUAACUCAAUUAGGCAAACGUAAAUGUAACAGAAAGUAG